AUGGAACCCUCAGUGCUGGGAACAACAAUGGAAAAUGACAAGGUUAAAACUAAGCAAUCCAAACAGUCAGCUGGUGCAAAGAGCAAAAAGAAGGGCAAGAAAAAGGAACAUCUCAAGCAAAGCGGUGAGCACAAGAAAAGAGGGCACACGUCCAGCACCCCAUCUACCUCGGAUGAAACGGAGAAGAAUCACCGCAAAAAUGGGAAGAGUUUGACUUCAUCUGAUCUGCAUCAUGGUCAUGGCUGCAACAUAAUAAACAUUAAUACCAAGGAUGUAUCUGCUAUAACAGACAGCUCCACUGGUGCUUUAUAUGAUGGCGCAGUGAACGAGAGCUUGCGAUGGGAGGGAAUUCUUGAUGAUCCGGUGGCAGAAGAGGAGAGGAUCCAUCACUAUAAAAUUAAUAGGAGAAAACGGUAUAUGUUAGCUGCUCAGGAGAAGACGUCAAACAAUGUCCAUGACUCUCCAGAGAGACUACCAGAUAUUAUCCAUUUAGGCCACAAGAAAGACCCCCUUCCCUCUGAUGUUACUGACAAGGCUCUUCCAACUAAGAGAGAUUACUCCAACUCUUACUUCUUAGGACUCAGUGGCCAAGAUUCCCUUUAUGCCAAACCAGAGCAGCAUUCAUCAGAAUUAAAAUUUCCUGUAUUGGUGAACACAUCUAACCUUUAA